AUGAUUGAUGAUGAUGAUGAUGAUGAUGAUGAUGAUGAUGAUGAUGAUGAUGAUGAUGAUGAUGAUGAUGAUGAUGAUGAUGAUGAUGAUGAUGAUGAUGAUGAUGAUGAUGAUGAUGAUGAUGAUGAUGAUGAUGAUGAUGAUGAUGAUGAUGAUGAUGAUGAUGAUGAUGAUGAUGAUGAUGAUGAUGAUGAUGAUGAUGAUGAUGAUGAUGAUGAUGAUGAUGAUGAUGAUGAUGAUGAUGAUGAUGAUGAUGAUGAUGAUGAUGAUGAUGAUGAUGAUGAUGAUGAUGAUGAUGAUGAUGAUGAUGAUGAUGAUGAUGAUGAUGAUGAUGAUGAUGAUGAUGAUGAUGAUGAUGAUGAUGAUGAUGAUGAUGAUGAUGAUGAUGAUGAUGAUGAUGAUGAUGAUGAUGAUGAUGAUGAUGAUGAUGAUGAUGAUGAUGAUGAUGAUGAUGAUGAUGAUGAUGAUGAUGAUGAUGAUGAUGAUGAUGAUGAUGAUGAUGAUGAUGAUGAUGAUGAUGAUGAUGAUGAUGAUGAUGAUGAUGAUGAUGAUGAUGAUGAUGAUGAUGAUGAUGAUGAUGAUGAUGAUGAUGAUGAUGAUGAUGAUGAUGAUGAUGAUGAUGAUGAUGAUGAUGAUGAUGAUGAUGAUGAUGAUGAUGAUGAUGAUGAUGAUGAUGAUGAUGAUGAUGAUGAUGAUGAUGAUGAUGAUGAUGAUGAUGAUGAUGAUGAUGAUGAUGAUGAUGAUGAUGAUGAUGAUGAUGAUGAUGAUGAUGAUGAUGAUGAUGAUGAUGAUGAUGAUGAUGAUGAUGAUGAUGAUGAUGAUGAUGAUGAUGAUGAUGAUGAUGAUGAUGAUGAUGAUGAUGAUGAUGAUGAUGAUGAUGAUGAUGAUGAUGAUGAUGAUGAUGAUGAUGAUGAUGAUGAUGAUGAUGAUGAUGAUGAUGAUGAUGAUGAUGAUGAUGAUGAUGAUGAUGAUGAUGAUGAUGAUGAUGAUGAUGAUGAUGAUGAUGAUGAUGAUGAUGAUGAUGAUGAUGAUGAUGAUGAUGAUGAUGAUGAUGAUGAUGAUGAUGAUGAUGAUGAUGAUGAUGAUGAUGAUGAUGAUGAUGAUGAUGAUGAUGAUGAUGAUGAUGAUGAUGAUGAUGAUGAUGAUGAUGAUGAUGAUGAUGAUGAUGAUGAUGAUGAUGAUGAUGAUGAUGAUGAUGAUGAUGAUGAUGAUGAUGAUGAUGAUGAUGAUGAUGAUGAUGAUGAUGAUGAUGAUGAUGAUGAUGAUGAUGAUGAUGAUGAUGAUGAUGAUGAUGAUGAUGAUGAUGAUGAUGAUGAUGAUGAUGAUGAUGAUGAUGAUGAUGAUGAUGAUGAUGAUGAUGAUGAUGAUGAUGAUGAUGAUGAUGAUGAUGAUGAUGAUGAUGAUGAUGAUGAUGAUGAUGAUGAUGAUGAUGAUGAUGAUGAUGAUGAUGAUGAUGAUGAUGAUGAUGAUGAUGAUGAUGAUGAUGAUGAUGAUGAUGAUGAUGAUGAUGAUUAA